GCCAUAGCAAUGGCACAUGCGUCAGCUUAACUAUCAAAACACCAAAGUUUGUGCUGUUAACUUACUGCCAGUUUUGGCGACUGAAAGAUCAAGGGUUUUAGAGAAGAUGGCAAAAGAAACGCAGGUAUCAAAAACUGUGUUCAGCCACCUUAAUGAUUUUGAUGCUGUUACUGACUGUGUUACAAAGCUGCUGUUGUUGGAUGUUGUCUGACAGAAAUGAAUGUGAAAUUGGGUAUGUGUAAGGACUGAUAUAUGAACUAUGACGAAGAAAUUGAAAGAAGAAAAUGAACUUGAGGAUGUAAUAAAAUGAUCACGUAAGCAUAAAUCAUAGCUGCUUUGUAGAUCUGUUUUACAGGGGAUCGCACUGAUAAAUAUAUGGAUGUGGAAGGAACUUCUUAAGACCUCUUUUGAUAAUGAUGUGUUUUAUCAGGGUCUUUUGAAAUGGUGAGUAUUCAGAAAAGUCAGGCCUUAUCCUUCUUGAUAAGGAGAUGGUGUCUAAAAUGCAACAGGAAUCAAACUCUUUUGAGGUGGUUAGGUGUGUUUCAAAUGUGGGUGAUUUGUGUUGAUUAGAUGUGAGUCAGGUAAAUGACUGUGGGUUGUUUUAUUGUAAUGUGCCAUCUACUAUUCCAUUCAUGUACUAUUUAUUUAUGUUUAUCUGCUCUCUGUUUUAGGAUCAUGUUUCCAUGGAGUCAUUACUGAAUUCCGUGACACCAGGAGAUGUGGAAUUGACUUUACCUUAUUCAGAGACUUUGAAUGAUUUGAUCAACUACAACUCAGAACUUACUAAUAGUCCUACCUUGUCAUCUCCAAGCCCUAGUCAAGGGACAACUCAUUUGGAUAUCAGCCACAAGUUACCAACUAAGCUCUCUAAAAAUCCAAGUACUUAUGAAAAAGAACUUCGCACCCUGGUUUUGAAUCUUUAUUCAGAUAAGAAUAUAACUAUCGUGGAACCUAUCUCAUCAGAUGACAUGCUUACUUCAGCACAGGAUUCCAUGGUGCAAGGACCACAAACUAAAGGGGCUCCAUGUGGGGUACAUCAGAAAGCAAGUGUCCCUCAGCCCCUUGAUAUGAUGCAUGUGACGAUGCCUCAACAAGACCUUUUAGAAUCUGGGUCACUUGGACAUUAUUCUCUGGAUAAUGGUAGGGGGGAAUUUGAAGAGAUUGACACACAGAAUCCUCAAAAGCUCCAAGGUUAUUUGGUCAACUUUCAGAGAAGCAAGAAAGAAUUGUCAUGCCGCCAUAUCAGCCUCUCCUCAGAUCAUGUGAAUCAACCAUUUGAUGACUAUGGAGUACAUCUCGAAUUUGCUGAAACAACUGAAACUGAUAUCUCCGAAGUAGAUGGUGGAGAAACCGUUACGGAUGGCAAGAGGGAACUAGCUGUGAAUAGUCACAAGUUUUCUGACAUCAUGACAGAGAGUCGAGGUCCACCCUUAUCUGUUAAGGAGGAAGGUGUUGAAAGCGAAGGAAAUGUUUAUCUUGUUCCAGGUAUUGAUUUUAAGUCCUUUGGGAAGCAUUGGAGUGAUUCUGUCACUAAAGGGCUGAAAUUUGAGGAGACCACUUUAAAUGGCGUUGACGUAAAUAAAAGUGGCUUAGAUCAUGAAGAAAGUGCGGAUCUUGAAACUACUGGAGACGAGGUAAAAGCGAGUUCGCUGGCUGGAAAAGAUUAUGGCGAAUUUGCUCUUCAACGUGCUAGUUUGGAAGGAAAGCUGCAAUCUUUACAGGAAGAAUUGGCUAACGUUCUUGAAGACAGGAAGUCACUGCAGAUCAGAUUGCAAGCGGUAGAAACGCGACUGCGUAAGGAGGUGCACAAAGUGCGGGAAACUAACCCAGUUGCUGUGUCGUUAGUUGAGGAGCUGAAACGAAACAAGCACGAGUUGGAAAGUCAGCUAGUCAAACUGCAGAGCGCGUAUGAAGAAAAACAUGGCGGUCAAAAUGAGGCACUGGAGCAGUUGAAGAGAUCCUAUGUUACCAUUCAAAAUCUUAAACAGAAGUUGUCUUUAGUAGAGGGAGAAAUUAAUCAGCGUGAGGAAAUGGUGGGUUCACUUCAAAUUGAAAUGGAAAAUCUAAAGAAACUGCUUGAAAAAGCCAAAGAGAAGAAUGAUAAAUUCAAGAAAGAGAAUAUGGAUUUGAAUGCAGAGAUAGCGAGGCUUGUGGAUGUCAAGGAAUGGCUUCAAAAACAGUUGGGUUUCGCUCAAGAAGCCCGUACGAAGUUACAACUUGAAGUUAGCGAAUCUGAAACAAUAGUUGCAGCCAAAAACCAGCUUAUAGAACAGUUGAGAUGCGAAGGUGCGAGAUCAAGUCGGCAGCUCACUGAAUUGCAACAGAGUUCACUCUUGGAGAAAGCGCAGAUUCUGAAGCACAUGGAGCAAGUAGAAGAAGACAUUACUCGACAAAACUUCGCUUUUAAGGAGGCAGAAAUUGAAAAACAAAAAAUGCAAAACGUUUUGGAAGCAAAGGUUGAUUCGCUUGUGAAUGAAAACAAGAAACUUCUCGAGUUGAUGAGCUCCGCUGUGGAGAUUGAGAAGGAACUUGAUGUAGCGAAACAAGAUCUAGUUUCAAAACAAGCUUUACUUGAAACUAUAAUCAAAGAAAAAGAGAAAAUCAGGGAACAACUGAAGCUUGCACGUGAUUCCACCGAGGAGUACAAGCAAAAUCUUCACGAGUUGGAGUCAAAGUUUACCGAAACUAAACAAGAAUUGAAAGUCGCUCAAGACGAUAUUGGAGAAAAACAAAGCUUUAUUGAAAAGCUGCAGGAAGAAAAAAGAAUUUUAAAAGAAAAUCUAGAAGUUGCCAAUAAAGAACGAGAAGCUUGUGACAAUGCUAUUCACACAUUGAAGUUAGAUCUCGAGAAGGUUGAUCGCCGCUUUAAACUGAUGAAAAGAGAACUCACGUCCAAAACCAGUCAGCUUGAAGAAACAACGCUACAGAAAGAUGUGUUCAUGGGCGAGCUGUGCACACUGAGGGAGGGUUUGGAAAAUCAGGUUGCUGUGGCUUAUGCGUUGAAGGAAGAAUUGGCGCAGAAAGACAAGCUACUUCAGCAUUUUCAGGGGGUGAAAGACGCAUUGGAAAAAGAGAUUAUUAGUUUGACCCAAAAGUUAGAAUAUUCACAAGGAGAGAUUACGCAAGUGGACAAGGAGAAGGGGGAGAUUCAGAAACAACUUGAGACGGCAAAAAGGGACAAUGUGCUUCUGGAAGAAAAGUUCCACAAAUCCCAGCUGGAACGAGCCAGACUGGAAGGCGAAGUUGAAACGACACGUCAGUCAGACCAGCUUGAGAAAGAUGCCUUGAAAAGUCAGAAUGCAUCGCUAAGAGACGAAAUCAGGACACAGAAAACACAGCUCCAGGCAGAUGUUAUGAAAGAGCACGAUAAAGUAAUAAAUCUUGAACAAGAACUGAAAUACCUGACUGAUGAGAUUAUUAGAAAAGAAGGUAAAUAUAACAAAGACCUACAGGCCUUUGAAGAAAAACUACAAGAAAUGAAGAAAAAUGAGAAAUUGGCUGAAAAAGAAUUGAAAAAGCUUCACGAUGUAACUGAAGAAAGGGUAGAUAAGCUGAGGAAAAGUUAUGAAGCAGAAUUGGAAAAUGGCAAAAGCGAUCUUGUGACUCUCCAACAGGAAAAAAGUAAAAUGGCUCAAGAAUUUGAAUUAUUUCAGAAGAAAGUCACGAAUGAGCUUGGAAUUAAAGACAGAGAUAUGAGACAGAUGGAAAAAGAACUUUCAGUCUUGAAGAAGACACUCAAAGGAAAGAACUCAGAGUUAGAGAAAACACAAUUCUGUGCCAUAGAACUUGAACGAGAGAAGGGUCGUCUGGCUGGAGUUUUAGCAAGUCAGAAAACCUUGCGAGAACAUGUCGUUAAAAUUGAAAGUGAAAUAGCAGCUCGGGAAUCAGCCUUGCUCGAGGCGGCUAACGAGCUAGACAGAGUAAAAAAGGACAAAGAUUUACAAACAAGGACGGCAAGUGAAAAAAUACAAAACCUGGAGGUUCAGCUGAAGACCAUAAGAGAAGAAAAGAACAACCUGCGGGACACUUUCAGAAAAGAAAGGCAGGAAAAUAUUGUUUUGAGAAGUGAAGUUGAGGAAAGUUCAAAUGGCAUCGCAGAGUUGAUGAAGAAACUGAGCGUGGCUGAAACGGAAAUUAAACAGCUGCAAGAGAAGCUUAACAAUGGAAGUAGUGAAGCCAAGAGAUAUCGAUCUGCUCUGGAGGGGUUGAAGGAAAGCUUUGCAGAAGAACAAACUGAACGCGAGAGUUUACAAAAGAGAUUGGAGGCAUUGUUGGAACAAGAGACAGCCAAGGAUAGGAUAGCAGAGAGCUUGGAAUGGGAAGUUGGUAGGCGAACAAAAGAGGUGGACUACCUUAAAGAGCAGAUGCGAGUCAUGGAGGAGAGGCAACAGUUAGAGAUGGAGAACUUGAAAACUGCCCUACAAGUAUCUAGAAGCGAAACAACAUCGCUGCGUUCUGAGUUAUCAGAGGCAAGGAAAGCCAAAUGUACCUACCAAACGAAAACAUUUGAAUUGAAAGAUUCCCUUCUCUCCGUGAGACGAGCCGCAGAGUCGUUAAAACAGCAAUUAUUCUUGAAGCGCCAGGAGAUGGAAUCCUUGAUAAAGGAUGUUUUGGCUUCAAGGAGUCUUCCACAACUGCAAGAGGAUAUUACAAAGAAAAGGGAAACAAUGCUUGGAAGUGAGAAAACGGAAGAGGACGUGGGUGCUGCUAGCAAUAUGUCCAUUGCCGUUAACAUGAGGCCGAUUUCCAGUCUACAAGAAUGCAUGUCUUCACUGAGGUCACAAAUCAGCAACCUGCAGAAACAAAUGAACGAUCACACAGACUCUGUGCAAACGGCCACUACGACUUGGAGGUCGUUUAAGGAAAAUGUUCAUCAACUUCAAGCAAGUCGCAAUACACAAAGCAGCCAACAGCUGACAGCCGAGAAAGACACUUAAACUCUCUUCAACAAAUUUGUGACUUAGGUUAAUCGGUAGCGAAUUGGAACAAAUAUGGGGAAAAAAAACUAUAAUCUAAAGGGUGCUCUCAGAGGUGCUCUUCAAAAAACGUGUGCAGUGGAUUCACAAUUGUUGAAACCAGACUGAAAAAAUGUUUGCGUAGCAUGUUUGUACAAUAUUCUUUGAUGAAAGGUGACUAUUGUUUCGAUGCUUUUCAACAUAUUCUACAAGCCUUACCGAUCGUAUUUGUAAUUACAGCAAGCAAACUUAAAUGCGAAAAAGGCACUUAAGUAAGUUGGACGGUUAGCUGGUGUUUGAGUGAAAAACAACUCCAUUCUUUAUCAGAUAGACAAGUAAAAGGCAUUAUUUCAUUUUAAGUCAAAUUUAUUUUUAUAUUUGAUCUCUGCAAAAACAACAUGGAUGUGUUUAUUUUCUGUUUGUAAAAAUAAAUAUUAUGAAAUUAUUUUUUGCCGUCUUAGUCAACAAUUGAAUAACAGAUAAAUAGUGAUAAAUAAAAAUGAGUUUCUACACAUUA